AUGGCUUUUGUGGCACAUAUAUUGGUUUUAAAUGAAUUAGAACAACAUCAAGCCAUUUAUGCAUUAAAAAUCCAACGUCGAAGACUUAGAGACAUAUACAAUCCGUUUGAUUUACGUGAAUACGAUUUUACAAAAUUAUUUAGAAUCUCAAAAAAUUUGGCUUUAUACAUUAUUGACAAGUUAUCCAAUGUACAACGACUGCAAAGAAAACGUAAAAAUGGAUUGUCGUUACAACUGCAAGUAUUAGUAGCAAUUAGGUUUUUUGCUUUUGGAUCUUUUCAAAGAUGUGUCGGCCAAGAUUACUUAGGUAGUAUAAGUCAACCAUCUGUUAGCCGUUGUAUAACAAGGGUAGCUACAUCCUUGUAUGAAGUUUGUUUAAGUGAUUGGGUCAGAUUUCCACAAAAUGAUGCUGAGAGAAAAGCAGUGGAGAUAAGGUUAAAAUAA